GAGAACUUGAUUGAUUUGUUUGGAGAAGUUGAUCACGCCCUGAAGGUGUUUGAUAGAAUGGCUCAGUCAGUUGGUCCAAGGCUGUAUAGUUGCUGCAACUGCAGGAACCAUGUGGGACUUCACGAUGAUAUUAUCUCUAAGGCUUUUCAGGGAAGAACCGGGAGAGCCUUCCUCUUCUCCCACGCAAUGAACAUCGUGGUUGGGCCUAAAGAAGACCGGAAUCUUCUAACGGGUCUCCACACCGUCGCUGACAUAUCUUGUGCUGACUGCAAUGAACCCUUGGGCUGGAAGUACGAGCGAGCCUACGAGAGCUCACAAAAGUACAAGGAGGGCAAGUUCAUAUUCGAAAAGGCUAAGAUUGUCAAGGAGGAGGAUUGGUAGUGAAAGCAACAUGUUGAAUUCAUUAUUGGAUUGACUCAAAAACUGUACAUAGAUAAAACCUUGGCUUUGUCGAUUCCAAUCUUUAUGGAUUUCACAAGUCUAUCAUCAUCAUCCAUUAUUCGGUUCGUUAUCUCUCGCCUGCAUGCUGUUAAAUAUGCCAGUUUCUUGUGUU